UACCUAUUCAAAUUCUGCAAUAUUCAUCCAGUCAGCCCAUCAUUUUUGUAUUUCCCCUGCAAUCGCAAUCGAACUUUGCCCAUGCAGCCUUACUGCAGCUCAAAUUACAAAUCGAUUAGGCUCGCGUGCCAUCCAAGCUGCAGCCAAAAGAAGUGCAUUAUCAAGGUCGGCGAUGAGACGGCGAGUUCCCCGCGGGCCACAGCGAAUGUCUGAUGCUCUACACGGGCUUGGUGGAACGGUACAUACAGCUCGGCCUCGUGAGGAGUCACGCAGUCAGCGAGCAUGGGAAGUCAGACUUGACCGCGCUUCGCACUGAUCGCAUAAUUUGCUGUACAAAUAGUGAUUUCUAAUGCUAAAAAUACACACCAGACCCAAGACCAGGCUGACCAGGCUGACUAGACUGGGCCUUCGGUCACAGGUAGGCCAUCCCAGUAAUGGACAUCUCCCAAUCGGACGACCUAUACGAAUGCGGAGUGGAGAGGGAAAGGGAGACUGUCCAUCAGUCAUCGCGCACCGUGAGAGAUCCCCUUCAGGUGUUCCAUUGGAUAGCGUCUUUGGAUGUGGCCCAGCUGGAGGACGAGACACCGCCCCCCAGUUUCUACUUCGAUUUGCUGGAGACAAAUGACGUCGAACUGGACUGCAGUGUUUACAGCGGAAAGCUUCUUGUAACGCUCGGUAGUCAGACAGAUGUGUCGCAGCCAGAAGUUUCGCAGGAGUAUGCAGACAACGCACUGGCGGUGGAACCAACAGAUCUGAAAAUAUCAAUACCUGAAGAUGCGACAGCAUGCCCAUGUCAUGCCGCAUCUGAUGAUGAAGUAUCAAUUACAAUAUUUGUAGAAAGCGAAACUGAACCGGAACCACGUGGGAACUCCGAGCAUCAACCAAGUCGCUUUUCGUUUUUUGGCAUGUUGCUAAAGGCGGUCGUGGCACUGUCCGUGGUGAACGCCCUUUAUGUUCUGUGGACGAUCGGCUUUGAGGCCUUCAAGAACCGCGUAUGGCAGUCAUCUUCUGUGAAUAUGCCACCGCCUCGGACUACAUCGAUCAGGGAGACGCGUGCUUCGCUGCCCGAGAGCAUUUGGCGAAGUGUUGAAGCUAAAUUGGCUAGCCUGCGAGCCCGCUUGAACUAAGUCCGCUCCUGGCUGUCGGACUUUGUUAGUUUCAGCUUGGUUAUUUAUAAACCCAUCCCGCUAUUUUUACGCCUAUGGCACCAGUUGCUGUUCCAGUCGAUUCCUUCGCCGUCGACGACCACUGUUUGCUGUUGUUCUCGUUGCCGGCGGCGUUAGAGAUUACGAGUAACACGGACUGCCCGAAAAUACGGAUUUCUGUUGUUGUGUACCCGGGACAACAACAACUAUCCGGCCCAGCGAUAAGCGUCGGAAUCAACACGAAUCUCGGUCAAUAGCUCACCGAUCCAUAGCCAAAUAAACGCCAAGCUGAGUCUCCAGUUCAAAUCGAAAUUUCUCGCUCUCCCUUGUGCCCUGCCUAAAAUAUUCCAUGGCGCUGGUUAUGCUACACCACCUAAUCCGCGCAUCCGUGGGACAAUGAUCCCGAAUCGCCUUAUCGGAACCAAGCACCUUUCGCCCAUUGUCGCCUAAUAGGUGCAUUCACUCGCCUCCUCCCCAGGCGAAACGGAACUCGAUCCCGACUAGCGUCAUCUCUCUGGGCACUGCUACUAUCUGAUCACACCUGGCAAUUGCUGGGGUCGUCGUGAAAGGCAUUUAGUUCUUAACUAACCAAAAAAGCUCUUUUAUGUAUGACUCGAAACG